AUGUUGGAGCGAACCGAUCUUGGAAUGGAUGCGAGUUUUGGCGGAAAGUUGUCCGCAGAUGAGCAACCGUCAAAGCAAGCGGUUAUUCUGGUGCAUGGAAUCACAAAUAAAAUAACGCGAUUCGCGGGAACGAUGAAUUAUUUGAAAUCGAAAGGAUACAAAAACUCGGAGAUCUAUGGGACCACUUGGGGCGACGCCGGACGGACACCGGUGGGUCUCGUCGACAUGAAGUGCAGCUAUGUGAAGCAGCUGAGAGCGAUGAUCAUCGCGGUUCGGCAGUACACUGGAACGCAGGUCGAUGUGAUCGCUUAUUCGAUGGGCGCCCCAUUGGCGAGAAAAGCGAUUCUUGGAGGGCAGUGCGUCGAUACUCGAGAGAUAUUGGGACCCCCGCUCACGGAGCUCAUCGACACAUUCCUGUCAGUGGCUGGCGCGAAUUAUGGAAGCGCGUUGUGCAUUGUGCCGGUGCCGGUUGGCACGUGCAACAGACGCACCGGUCUCCAUUGCGAUUCGGCGUUCCUCCAGGACAUCAACAAUCAGCAGAAGUACGAAGGAGCGCACGUGUUCAGCAUUUUCUCGACGGCCGAUGAGAAGAUUGGGUUUCGCUCGUGCGGUCGGCCGGUGUCGCCAAUUCGCGGCGGGACCGGCUACGUGAAAAAAGACGGGCUCAAUCAUGAUCAGUUGAUGGAUUCGACCGUCAAAUUGCAAUUGAAUUUCGUCGCCAAUCACAGCCCAAAAGCGCACCCAUGA